GCCGGUUGAAGCUGGAAAACUCUAUGACUUUUUGUUUUUUCCCUCUCCUGCCUGAAUAACCUGCAAGUAUUGCGAUCCCUGACCAGUUACUUAUAAUUCGCCGGUGCGAUUGGGCUCGUAAUUGCCCAUCUCUUGCUUCGUUUGGUCAUCUUUAUCCUCCAAUUGCUGUCAUCCGUGAUAUCAAGAAAUAAAGCCGAAAGUCAAAACGCCGAUCAAGCAGGCGACGAACAUCGGGAAAAAGCAAUGGCACAAAAGAAGAUUCUGGAUGCAGCAGAAGUCGCCAAGCACAACACCGUUGACAGCUGUUGGGUUGUGCUCUACGGAAAGGUUUACGAUGUGACAGACUUUCUUCCGGAUCAUCCUGGGGGCGCGAGUAUCAUCUUGAAAUUAGCGGGAAAAGAUGCUACUGAAGAAUAUGACCCAAUUCACCCCAGUGGGACUUUGGAGGAGAAUUUACGGCCGGAGGCUUGUCUCGGGACUGUCGACCCUACGACACUUUACCAACUUACCCCAGUGAAGGCACCGACGUCUGCAGAACGUGAAGGCCCACCGCCAAUGGCGUCUCUCCUUAAUCUAGAUGAUAUUGAACAGGUGGCUACGAAACAGAUCAGCAGAAAGGCUUGGGGAUACUACUAUUCCGCAGCUGACGACCUUAUUUCUAAACAUUUGAAUAACUCUGUCUACCGGUCCAUCUUACUCCGACCCAGAGUCUUCAUUGAUUGCAAAAAAUGCGACCUUUCCACGAAUAUUUUAGGUUACAAGCUUGGUUCACCAAUUUAUGUUUCUCCGACUGCAGUGGCACGUCUUGCACACCCAGCAGGUGAAGCAGGCAUUGCUGCAGCUUGCUCGAAGUUCGGGACCAUGCAGCUAAUCUCCAACAAUGCUUCCAUGACUCCAGAGCAAGUGGUGAAGGACGCAAAGCCAGAUCAGAUCUUCGGGUGGCAGCUAUAUGUGCAGACAGACAAAAGCAAGAGCGAGACGAUGCUUGCUCGCAUCAAAAAGCUCAAAGCCAUCAAAUUUGUCUGCCUGACGCUUGACGUCCCCGUCCCUGGUAAACGGGAGGAUGAUGAGCGAACUAAAGAACCCAACAAUCUUAGCACCGCGGAGAUGGUCAAGGCAUCCGGUGGAACACCGGUUGUCGGUGGAAGUGGCAUCGGCAAGCAGCUAUUCGGCGGCACGGAUCCUUCAUUAACGUGGAAAACGACGCUUCCAUGGCUGGCGAAACAUACAGAUCUUCCAAUCGUGCUGAAGGGUCUUCAGACACACGAGGACGCCUACAUCGCAUCCCUGCACACUCCACAAGUCAAGGCCAUUAUUCUCUCAAACCAUGGUGGUAGAGCUAUGGAUACGGCUCCUCCAGCAGUUCAUACAUUGCUCGAGAUGCGAAAGUAUUGCCCUGAAGUUUUCGAUAAAUUGGAAGUAUGGGUCGAUGGUGGGAUCAAGCGAGGCACAGAUGUUGUGAAAGCCUUAUGUCUGGGUGCGAAAGCGGUUGGAAUCGGGAGACCAGCGCUUUUUGGUCUUGGAGCUGGCGGGAUUGAGGGAGUGGAAAGAGUCUUGCAGAUUCUGAACGAGGAAACUCAAACGGCUAUGCGUCUUCUAGGAGUUGAAAGGGUUGACGACUUGGGGAUGCAGCAUAUCAAUGCCCGCGCUGUUGAACAGCUCAUCUACGAUGGCCCACCUGGCUUGGAUGCUUUCGGUGCCCUUCUCAAAGCCAAAAUGUAAAUCCACUGCUCUUUUAUUUGUCUCCCCGGUAUAUAUUACAUCACCAAAAAAAUCGAGGACGGGGUCAUAGAUCUAGAUGUGUCCCUGAAAUCAUGCAAGCGCAGGUACUUUCUAUUGUUUAUAUUCUGGGAUUUAAAAAAUAUAGUAGAAGGGACUGGAAACCCCACAGCUACGCCGAUCAUAUUGAUAGCAAUAUUACUUUUAUGAGUAGAUAUG